AUGUACACCGGAUACCACGAUGAAGAUGUUCCGUAUCCAGCAAUCGACUUCCUUAAUGCAUUCAAGCUUAAGUAUGCGUUGAGUGUCGUGUACUCACCAUGUAUCGGCUUCGUCAAAGCAUCCUUCUUAUGGACGCUUUACAAACUUCGUUCAAACAAUGUUUGGAUCAAACGGUGCAUCCUCGGCCUCCAAGCGAUCAACACCAUUUUCAUCGUUGCUUUCACGAUACUGGCUGUAAUACCCUGCUGGCCGAUAGCGAAGAACUGGCAACCCGACCUAAUCGGGGGUUGCUACGAUCCUCUAGAUUACAUCCUGGCCAACAUCUCGAUAGUGCUUAUCACUGAUGUCCUAGUUCUUCUAAUUCCGACAUGGAUAAUCUGGGACUUGCAAAUGCCACUCAAGCGCAAGAUUGUUACCGUAUCGUUCCUCUCUCUAGGUCUCAUCGUAAUAGCAAUCGGCGCCGUGCGAUUCGUUUGGCUCAUCGACGCUUUCAAAGGCAAAACAAAAAGCUACAGUGUCAAAGCGUCCUACUCUGCAAUCGAGUCUAGUGUCGCUAUCAUUGGAACCUCGGGGCCAACUAUCAAAUACAUACUGUCACGCUUCAUACCCUGGCUCCGUCCUUCAUUUGAGCGCUCGAUCGCGAACAAGAACUCAUACGACGCCUAUGGGAACCACUCGAAUGUUGCUGCUAGGCGAGCGAGGUCACAUCACGGGACGAAAAGUGGAUAUGAUGAUCUGGAUAUGGUGAGCGUUCACCAUGAACAGUUCGAGAUGAAGAGCGGUUGGCCAAAGAAGAGGGGGCAGGAUGACGACGCAAGAAGCGAUGAGCAGCACAUCACAGGCGAAGGUCACGGCAUCAACAAGACAGUGGAAUGGAUGGUAGACACGAAAGAGCGCUCGCAUAUUAGCAAAACAGUCUCGGAUGAUCCAAAUGUCGCUAACGACAAGCCUGCGACAAGUCCCGCACAGAUCAUUUAG